AUGACAGAGAGAAGAGUUGAAUUUUGCAGAGCACUUGGAAAAUUGGCAUUCCUCAAUACCCUCAUCAUCUACAAUUAAAAAGAGUACAUCAUCUACUUUCAACCUAUGGAGAGUAAGGGACGUUGCAAAAUCCAAGUCACUAAUGGCUUCGAUUUUUGGGUUGAGGAUUUCGAUCUCGAGAAGUUUGAGUAGAAACGCAAAAAAAGUGGCUUAGAAGGCACUUACAAUAGUUAUUUUGAUAUGAUGCAUCGAUCUAUCAGUCAAAGGAAUUUCGAGGUCUAUGUUGAUCAAACUCAAAAUUUCGUAUUGACUCUCUACUUCCAACUGAACAAGGGAGUCUCCUUAAAGGGCGAUUUCGAAUUGGGCAGACCUCUGCAUUUUGAUGACAUCAAAGAGUUCCAUUGCGUCUAUCGAUUGUUCUUGUUUGACAUUUUCAAGGCGAAAGAUCAAGAAAGGAUGAAGGCUGAGGUCAGUAGGAAGGGAAGAAGAAUGGAAGAAAGGGAAUCCAAGAAGUCCAUCUCUCAACCAAGAUAGGAGGAGGAGGAAGAACAAGACGAGGACGAAAGUGCUGCUCAAAGAAGGAAGAAGGUGCAAUUGUGA